UCGGGCGUCGCGGGCCUUCCCGCCGGGGCCCUCUCCAGGUUUACUCAGCGGCGCAAGUGUCCCGGAGCCGCCUCCUCUGUCCCCAGCCCUCCCCUGCCAGUUCUGCGCCGGACGGGGUCCUGCCCCGUGGAGGACUUGCGGAUGGAGGGGCAAGGUCUUAGGAAGCGGGGGAGCCGGCAGGCGGGGUCGAGAGCCGCGGAGCCUUUCGCACGGAGUCCAGACGGAUUGGUGUCACUGAGACUCUUCAUGGUGACCAGCAGAGUGGAGCUUCCCUUAUCUAGCAGUUUAUGCCUGUGACUCACUUAGAAGAUGACCCGGGUGUUUGUGAAUGGUGCUGCUAUGCAUUUGGGACGCGGGAGAGCCCAGCUUUCAGAGAGACAAAGACGCCUUCAGACCCUCCUCGCCCCUUUCCCCCAGCCAUGCCGCUGCUGUGCCCUCUCUCCCCGGGCGCUGGUGUUCCAAACUCAGAUGCGCUCCCAGGCCAUGCAGAGAAGACCAAGCAGCUACUUUUCCGUGGAGCUCAGGCCUGCAGAGACCCUGUGUGGGGUGAAGGCUGUGCCGUUGUCCACCUGCCUGAGUCCCCAAAGCCAGGCCCCACAGAGACCCCUCGAUCUGCAAGGGGCCAGAUGCUGAUUGGACCCGAUGGCCGACUGAUCAGGAGCUCUGCCCAGGCCUCCAAAGCUGACCUCUCCGGGGCAGUAUCCCGUGCCUGCUCAUCAUGCGUCCGAGCUGUGGAUGGGAAGAUGGUCUGUGGCCAGUGUGAGCGGGCCCUGUGUGGCCAAUGUGUGCUCACCUGCUGGAGUUGCGGUGCUGUGGCUUGUGCCCUCUGUGGCCUUGUGGACUGCAGUGAUGUGUGUGAGAAGGCGCUGUGCAGCAGCUGUGCCAUGUUUGAAGCCUGAGACUGCCGUGUCCAUGAGGAGAGGGAGUGACUGGCUUGUGUAUGCGUGUUUCAUACUUUGAUGACAGAAGUGAAUAAAACCCUUUAUAUUUGCACACACAA